AUGGGCUGCGGUUGUUCGAAUCUGUCAUGGUGUUGUUGGGGCUCCGUGUAUAAUGCAUCAAUUCCUGAGGCUCAGGAUGUGGCAAAUGAGGAGAAGAGUGAAGUUGAUGAUGUACCUGCAUUUCGUGAAUACAGUAUUGACACACUUAGGAUGGCUACAUCUGGGUUUGCUGUUGAGAAUGUAGUUUCGGAGCAUGGAGAAAAGGCUCCAAAUGUGGUUUAUAAAGGGAAGCUUGAAAAUCAGAGGCGGAUUGCUGUGAAGCGUUUUAAUAGAUCAGCUUGGCCUGAUGGUCGUCAAUUUUUGGAAGAAGCAAAAGUUGUUGGCCAACUGCGGAACCUACGGUUGGCAAAUUUACUUGGCUGUUGCUAUGAAGGAGAUGAGAGGUUACUUGUUGCAGAAUAUAUGCCCAACAAUACAUUAGCAAAGCACCUAUUUCAUUGGGAAACACAACCAAUGAAAUGGGCAAUGCGAUUGAGGGUGGCUCUAUAUCUUGCCCAAGCUUUGGAAUAUUGCACCAGCAAAGGACGUGGCCUAUAUCAUGACUUAAAUGCUUAUAGAAUUGUUUUUGAUGAUGAAGGCAACCCUAGGCUUUCAUGCUUUGGUCUCAUGAAGAACAGUAGAGAUGGAAAAAGUUACAGUACAAAUUUGGCAUUUACUCCUCCUGAGUAUCUGAGGACAGGAAGAGUGACUCCAGAAAGUGUUAUGUAUAGCUUUGGCACCCUUUUGCUUGAUCUUCUCAGUGGAAAACAUAUUCCUCCUAGCCAUGCAUUGGAUCUAAUACGAGAUAGGAAUGUACAACUGUUGACAGAUUCUUGCUUGGAAGGUCAAUUUACUAACGAUGAUGGGACUGAGCUAUUGCGUUUAGCUUCACGAUGUUUACAAUAUGAGCCCCGGGAGCGACCAAAUCCAAAGUCAUUGGUAGCCGCUUUAAUUCCACUUGAGAAGGAUACUGAGGUACCUUCUCAUGUAUUGAUGGGUAUACCACAUGGUUCUGCUGCUUUACCUCUUACGCCACUUGGUGAUAUGUGCUUAAGAAUGGAUUUGACUGCUUUGCAUGAGAUCUUAGAAAAACUGGGUUAUAAAGAUGACGAUGGGGCAGCUAAUGAGCUAUCAUUCCAGAUGUGGACCAACCAGAUACAGGACACACUGAAUUCAAAGAAAAAGGGUGAUACUGCUUUUCGCCAUAAAGAUUUUAAAGCUGCCAUUGGUUGCUACUCUCAGUUCAUUGAUGUUGGAACCAUGGUCUCCCCUACUAUAUUUGCAAGGCGUAGUCUUUCUUAUCUUAUGAGCGACAUGCCACAAGAAGCAUUAAAUGACGCAUUGCAGGCACAAGUAAUAUCACCUGUUUGGCAUAUUGCAUCUUAUUUACAAGCUGUGGCUCUUUUUACACUGGGAAAGGAGAAUGAGGCACAAGUAGCUCUUAGGGAGGGAUCUGUCCUCGAGAAUAGAAGGAGUGAAGCUGCUUGACAGCAGAGGAAGUCAAAAUAAAUUGGUCUUAUUCCCUUGAUCUUUUCCGGUAGAUGUCUAUCCAUUGGCAAACAAAAGCUUCUCAAGUUGCAGCCACAACAAUAAAUGGUUCUUCAGUCUUAAAGCACACCAUGAUUUGAAUAGAUAUAACUGGUUCUGAUCUUAGGGGUGCAUGACUGGUUUAAGUAGCCAUCGUCGUGAAAGAUUCUUUUUACAACAAACUGCAUAGAAAGUUCUUGGUCAGUUGUGGAGGUUCCAUACGUUUUUGAAAACUAGACGCAUUUCUGGUUACUGAAGUCAUGGGGAAUAUUUAAAAUGUUUGUGAAGCAGUUGUCCGUGGAGGAUGCAACUAUUGUUUAAAGCUGCAUUAAGGGAGUGAGUAGAAGAUUUCAUAUUUGUAAUUUGUUGUACAGUGCUACUGCAUAUGGCUGCUGAAGCAACACUAACAUUGGCUUGUUUUGUGUGAUGUUCCCUUUUGGAAUCAAUUUUCUAUCUAGUUUUCUGCAUCACUUGUUUGCUCCAAUGAAAGGAUCAUCUUCAAAAGAGCGUCCGCUGGGCAUGGAAUUGUCUUGCUGCUGCUAUCCUAUAACGCUUUUUUUUUUUUUUUUUUCUUUCUUUUUUUU